AUGCAGGUCCUAGUAUACCUGGACGAUUAUCUUACAGUACACCAGGACCCUUCCAAGUUAGUAUCACAGACUACGGAGGUGGUGAAGCUCUUGGAAUUCCUGGGCUGGCAAGUAAAUUUCAAAAAAUCAAUAUUGACCCCAAUGAGAUCACUCGAGUUUCUAGGCAUAAAAUGGAAUACAGACGAAAAUGUAAUGAGUCUUCCUGCCAAAAAGCAAACAUCAAUCUUGACUGCAAUAACAAAAAUAUUAAUAGCGAAAUCCUGCCAUCUUCGGCAAUUACAAUGCCUUCUAGGCCAACUAAAUUUUGCAUGUUAUGUAAUACUUCGCGGUCGACUUCACUGUCACCGUUUACAAAUGUUUCUAAGACGAUUCUCAGGGAAUCAGGUAAGAACAAAAAGACCAGUCCCUCGGGGGGCAAUCCUGGACUUACAAUGGUGGCAGGGAGCCCUAUCAUUGACAACGCCUAUUCACACAAAAAGUGUAUCGCACUUCCUGACUACAGACGUCUCCGACAUCGGAUGGGGCGCUGUUCUGGACAAAAAGACCAUAUCAGACAACAAAACUGUCAUGGCAUAUAUUCGCAAAGACGGAGGAACGCAUUCCAUAGGACUCCUAUCUUUAACUUUUCAGCUUCUGAAGAUCAUAGACAAGUGGAACAUAACACUUUCAGCCCAAUAUCUCCCCGGCAGAUACAAUGCGAUAGCAGACAGACUGUCGCGGAGACGUACUGUACCAGAAUGGCAUUUAAAACCUCGGGCAACAUCAGAGGUAUUCAAGCGAUGGGGCAAACCAGAUAUAGACCUCUUUGUAUCAGAAAGAUCCGUUAUAGUACCAAACUAUAUAACAAUAGAUUCACGACACGUGGAACUGUAA